UUGACGGCGGUACGGUGUACUAUCGACUGUGAUCGAGUGUGAUCGUGUUCAAGUGCUUGUGAAACCGAGUGCCGAGAAGAAGUGCAGAAUUUGUGCCAAUUAAACAAAGUUCAGCUCCAAUGCUUCGUUGAGGUGAAAGCAUCAGAAUGAGUCUUCUGCCAUAUAAGCGGCUGACCAUUGUCGGUGUCUGGCUGGUGCUGGCAGCGACCGCUGCGAUCCGAAUCGAACGUCAGCCCGAACCGGUCAGCUUUGUGCGUAGCAGCGUGGAACGGAUACCGCCGCACGGGUUCGAAAAGCAGGUGGCGGACGCAGCAAGCCAUGACUUUGGCAGUGAAUCAUUACCGCUGCGCAGUGCCGUCGAGAGUGUUCCAGCGAACCUCGUCGAUGAGCGGCUCCCGCUACGUGAUGCCGUCGAGUUUCGCAUCCUGGACAUGGAUCAGGAAAUUGAAGACACCGUCAGCAGGGUGAAAGGGGUAGUGAACAAGCAGAAGAUCAAGCUGGUCCCCGUUGACACGUCGGAGGUGGAGAGCUUCCGUGUGUUUCCGUUCCAGGAUCGGUAUGCGGCGUACGUAAUUCCUUCCAAGCCCGCCAAUCAACCCAUGCCAUAUCGGGCUGGGUCACCGUAUCAGCAGCUGCUAAGCAGCAAGGAUGUGGCAAUGGUUCAAAGUGCACAGAAUAGUAAGCUGUUGGCUGCACAGAAAGCGGCACCGAGCGAGUACAAGGUGCUGUGCCACAUGACCAACUGGGGCUUCUAUCGGAAGGGUGAGGCACAGUUUGUGCCGGAAAAUCUGGACCCGGGGCUGUGUACGCACAUAGUCUAUUCGUUCGCCACGCUAGAUCCGGCAACGCUGACGAUGAAAGAGUUUGACAGUUGGGCGGACAUUGAUAACAAUAUGUACCAACGUACCGUGACAGCCGCUGGUGAUGUCCCAGUGCUGCUUGGCCUAGGCGGCUGGACCGAUUCAGUGGGCAACAAGUACUCCGAGAUGGUUGGAUCCGCCGCCAAUCGGCAGAACUUUAUCACCAAUGCGAUAGUGUUCCUCAAAAGGCAUCACUUCGCUGGUCUGCACAUGGACUGGAACUAUCCCGUCUGCUGGCAGAGUGAUUGUUCCAAGGGCUCGGAUAGCGACAAGACUAACUUCAGCAAGCUGAUCCAAGAGCUGCGAAAGGCUUUUGCUGCAGAAGGACUUUUGAUAAGUACGAGCAUCUCCGGCUACAAGGAAGUGCUGAUGGUGGCGUACGAUGUGGCCGAGCUUACGAAGUACGUCGAUUUUAUGGCCGUCAUGACGUACGACUAUCAUGGCUCUUGGGAGGAACAGACUGGGCAUGUAAGCCCGCUUUAUGGUAAUUCUUACGACAAGUAUCCACAGUACAACACCGACUACACGAUGCAGCUGCUAGUUAAGAUGGGUGCAGAUCGAAGCAAGUUAAUCGUUGGCGUUCCUUUCUAUGGGCAAACGUUCACGCUGGCACAAACUACGCGAGCUACACCGGGCGAGGGUAGUCCAAGUAUUGGCCCGGGAACAGCCGGCGAUGACACGAGACAGCCAGGUAUGUUGGCGUAUUAUGAAAUUUGUCAACGCGUUCGCAAGCAGAAAUGGAAAGUUGGGAGAGAUAAUUCAAUGAAGUCGGGUCCGUACGCAACGAAUGGUGAUCAGUGGGUCGGUUACGAUGAUCCCGUGUCGGUCACGGCAAAGGCACGCUAUGUGAUGAAGUCUGGCUUUGGUGGAAUUGCCGCGUGGACGAUCGAUUUGGAUGAUUAUCAAAAUCGAUGCUGUGAGGAACGGUUCCCUGUGCUGCGUGCGAUCAAUAGAGCACUUGGGCGGCUUGAUACACCCGCUCCGGCCGGGAUGGAUUGUUCGCGUCCUACGCAACCGGCUACUCCGAAACCGGCCGAAAUGACAUUUAGCCCGGAUAGUGGAAUUCCGAGUACAACGUCAACACCGGCACACUCACACACCACGUGGCCAUCGUGGACGCCGGAAACAACGUCUACAACUAGGAGAACUACGACUGCACAGCCCUCAACUACUACUUCUAGAGCAACGACUACCACCACAACAACUACAACUACCACAACCACUCCAAGAACGACCAGAAGAACGACUCCUUCGACAACGACCUACAGCCCAACGACAACUACCGGUACGACCAUCCCCGUACCCGGACUGGUAAUGCCCGAGCUCAGCAAUGCGGAAAGCUGCGAAGGCAAUCAGUACAAGGCCCAUCCGACCAACUGUAACUCGUACUACCGUUGCGUGCUGUCCGAGUUCAAGCAGCAGUUCUGUGCCGGUGGACUUCACUGGAAUGAUGCGGCAAAGCUAUGCGAUUGGCCUGCAUCAGCCAGGUGUGAAAUGGACGAGGGAACACAGGGACCAGAUACCACAACCACCACCACAACAACUCCAAAACCAACGAGAACCUCUUCCAGACGUACAACUACGUCCAGAACGACCACUCCGACCACCACUACCACCAUCACCACCCCAGAACCGAUGACAUCCCGUCCCACUCGCAGGAAGACGACGCUCGCUUCGAACACUCCCACCCAGAGACCCACCAAAAAGCCAGCCACAACGACGAAAAAACCUGUCAGUCGUCCCGCAGAACCCUGCACCAAUGGCGAGUACUAUCCGCACAAGUCCUGUGACAGUUUCUACAUCUGCGUGAACGAAAAGAAGGUAGCGCAACAGUGUGGUCCGGGCUUGUACUGGAGCCAAACGGACAAGAGCUGCGAUUGGGAGGAAAACGUGAAUUGUGUAAGCAAUGAGCAGUACUUCCGCCUUCUCACGACAACAUUCGGCGCGCUGAAGGCACUGUCGGAGGAUGAUCCGUGUGAUGGGAACUCGCACGUCCCUUAUCCGGGCGAUUGCAGCCAGUACCUGGUGUGCAACUGGGGCCGUCUGGAGGCGGCCAGCUGUGCCGAUGGGUUGCACUGGAAUCAGCAGCUGAAGAUCUGCGACUGGCCAGCAAGUGCCAAGUGCUCGCAGGGUGGCAUCCCCGAGAGUACGGAAAACAUUUCCGACGAGAACAACGCCUGGCAGGGUUCGGACAUUGAUGGACCGCAGCACGUGAUGUCUACGACGGAGAGGAGGACUACAACCACUACAAUGCGCACUACGGUCGCACCGUCGACACCACCACCUGUGCUAGAACCCCUGUCGGGGCACUACAAAAUGGUGUGCUACUUCACCAACUGGGCCUGGUACAGGAAGGGUUACGGCAAGUACACCCCGGACCACAUACGGACCGAUCUUUGCACGCACAUCGUGUACGGGUUUGCGGUGCUGGACUACUCAACGCUCACGAUCAAAACGCACGACUCGUGGGCGGACAUUGAUAACAAAUUCUACGCACGUGUGGUGGCCGCCAAAGAGAAGGGCGUGAAGGUAACGCUUGCGAUCGGUGGGUGGAACGAUUCGGCGGGCGAUAAGUACAGUCGGUUGGUGAGGAGUGCGGCGGCACGAUCGAAGUUUGUCCAGCAUGUGGUGGGCUUUUUGGAGAAGUAUGGAUUCGAGGGGCUGGAUUUGGACUGGGAGUAUCCCGUGUGCUGGCAGGUUGAUUGUAAGAAGGGAUAUGCGGAUGAGAAGGAAGGAUUUACCGAGCUUGUGCGGGAACUUUCGGAAGCGUUCCGUCCUCGGGACUGGUUGCUUUCGGCGGCUGUAUCUCCGAGCAAAACGGUCAUCGAUGCUGGCUACGAUGUUGCUGCCUUGGCGCAGUAUUUCGACUGGAUCGCAGUCAUGACGUACGAUUUCCAUGGCCAGUGGGACAAGCAGACGGGACACGUUGCACCGCUGUACUACCAUCCGGACGAUGAGAUUGAUUUCUUCAAUGCGAACUACUCGAUCAAUUACUGGAUCGAGAAGGGAGCACCACCACGCAAGCUGGUCAUGGGUAUGCCACUGUAUGGGCAGUCGUUCCAGCUGGCUGACACGAAGAAGAAUGGACUCAACGCGAAGGCUCCCGGGCCGGGUCAGGCUGGGGAAUUUACCCGAGCGGCAGGAUUUUUAGCUUACUACGAGAUCUGCGAUCGCAUACAAAACAAAGGAUGGACGGUGGUACAGGACGAUCUCCAGAGAAUGGGCCCGUACGCUUACAAGGGCAAUCAAUGGGUGUCGUUCGAUGAUAAGGAAUCGUUGCUGCGAAAGGUACAGUUCAUCCGUGCGAUGGACCUUGGUGGAGGUAUGAUUUGGGCCCUCGAUCUGGACGACUUCAAGGAUCGAUGUGGACAGGGCAGUCACCCGUUGUUGACUGCCAUCCGAGAAGGACUGCGAGAGCCGUACAAUUCGAAUGAUGUUCUUCCUACGAUCGUAAAAGAACCAAUGGCAAAUGAAAAUCUCGCCUUGAGUACGGAGUCCCCCAGCACCAACAGUAAUUCUUCUCCAGAAAAGCAGCAACCUGCAUCCAACGAAAGCACCGAAGUGGAUGAAAACUCUGUCGAUUCCGAUGAGUACAAAGUGGUCUGUUAUUUCACCAACUGGGCCUGGUACAGGCAGGGUAAUGGCAAAUAUCUCCCAGAAGAUAUCGAUCCCGAUCUGUGUACGCACAUCGUGUACGGGUUUGCGGUGCUCGAUCGCGAAGGGCUAACGAUCAAACCGCACGACUCGUGGGCUGACAUCGACAAUCGCUUCUACGAGCGUGUGGUGGAGCUAAAGAAGAAGGGCAAGAAAGUGACGGUCGCGAUUGGCGGAUGGAAUGAUUCGGCGGGCGACAAGUACAGCCGGCUGGUGAGGAGCGCUCAGGCAAGGAAGCGUUUCAUCGACAAUGUGAUGCAGUUUAUCGAAAAGUAUGGUUUCGAUGGGCUCGAUCUGGAUUGGGAGUAUCCGGUGUGCUGGCAGGUGGACUGUAAGAAGGGUUAUGCGGAUGAAAAGGAAGGCUUUGCAAGCUUGGUGGUGGAGUUGGCGACGGCUUUUAAACCGUACGGGUAUCUGCUAUCGUCGGCGGUGUCCCCGAGUAAGAAGGUUAUCGAUGCCGGGUAUGAUGUGCGGACGUUGUCUGACUACAUGGACUGGAUCGCGGUGAUGACGUACGAUUAUCAUGGCCAGUGGGAUAAGCAAACGGGGCAUGUUGCACCAAUGUACGAACAUCCGGACGAUGUUGAUACAACGUUCAAUGCGAACUUUACCAUUCACUACUGGAUCGAGCAAGGGGCGGACCCAAGAAAACUGGUCAUGGGUAUGCCAAUGUACGGGCAGUCGUUCUCACUGGCGAACGUGAAUGCGAAUGGGUUGAACGAGAAAACGUAUGGAGGUGGAGAGGCGGGCGAUCAGACGCGUGCCAGAGGGUUCUUGUCGUACUAUGAGAUCUGUUCUAACAUCAACAAGAAGAACUGGAACGUGGUACGUGAUCGCAAGGGACGUAUGGGCCCGUACGCCUACAAAGGUGAUCAGUGGGUUUCGUUUGACGAUCAGUACAUGAUACGCCACAAGAGUGAGUACGUGAAGGCAAUGGGUCUGGGUGGAGCUAUGAUUUGGGCACUGGAUUUGGAUGACUUCCGAAACAUCUGUGGAUGUGAAGAGUACCCGCUAUUGCGUACAAUCAACCGAGUGUUGCGAAACUAUCCUGGACCUGGACCAAAGUGUAUACUAGGCUCAACUAAACCGUCGCCAGAUCGUCCCACUACAGCUAUGACUACUACUACCACCAGAAGUACUACAAGAAGACCUACAACAACGGUUAGAACUACAACUACUGCCACCACUUCUACCACACCCAGAGCAGUAUCGACAACAAGGCAAACGACGCGUCGAACUACUACUAGAUUUAGUACUACUAGCAGACCGACAACGCCAUCAAUUGAUGAUCUUGACUCUAAUCAAUCGAGCAGCAAAUGCGAUGGACGGUUGUUCAUUCCGCAUGAGUCUGAUUGUUCAAAGUACUACAUCUGUCAGCAUGGCAAACGCUACGAGCAAAGAUGCCCCACCAACACAGCCUGGAACAAUGGAUAUUGCGAUUGGGAGGAGAAUACUAAUUGUAAAAAUAAACAAGGUCCUGUAACAUCGGCCCCUUCAACUACAGAGGACGGCAGCUGGAUGACUUCCACUAGUCGACCCACUACUACAACAACGCCGCGACGAACCACUACUUCAACCACUCAGCGUACUACAACGUCUACUACGAGGCGUCCAACCGCUAGACCUUCGACGACCAGUCCCACAACGAUGAAACCGUUACCACCGCCCGCUGAAAUCCCCCCAGGUGGCAGCAGUGACUACAAGGUGGUGUGCUACUUCACCAACUGGGCCUGGUACCGGCAGGGUGAUGGCAAGUACACGCCCGACGAUAUCGAUAGCACGCUGUGCACCCACAUUGUGUACGGAUUUGCGGUGCUCGAUCGUGAAACACUUACGAUCAAGACGCACGAUUCGUGGGCUGAUAUAGACAACAGGUUCUACGAGCGGGUGGUCGAGCAAAAGCGCAAUGGUGCGAAGGUAACGCUUGCGCUGGGCGGUUGGAACGAUUCCCUCGGCGAUAAGUACAGCAAGCUGGUGCGUGAUGCUGCCGCUCGUGCUAGGUUUGUGAAGCAUGCGGUUGAGUUUAUCGAGAAGUACGACUUUGAUGGGCUGGAUUUGGACUGGGAGUAUCCGGUGUGCUGGCAGGUCGACUGUCAGAAGGGAUACCCGGACGAGAAGGAAGGCUUUGCGAAGCUGGUCCAGGAGCUUGCGGUCGCGUUCCGGCCCAGAAGUUGGUUGCUUUCGGCGGCCGUCUCACCAAGCAAGAUGGUGAUCGAUGCCGGGUACGAUGUGCCAGUAUUGGCGGAAUAUUUCGACUGGAUUGCGGUCAUGACGUACGAUUUCCACGGUAACUGGAACAAACAAACGGGUCACGUUGCACCGCUGUACUACUACCCAGGCGAUACGUACGACUACUUUAACGCGAACUUCUCCAUCAACUAUUGGAUCGAAAAGGGAGCACCGUCGCGAAAGUUGGUCAUGGGCAUGCCACUGUACGGGCAAUCGUUUUCGCUGGCCGAUACGAAGCGAAAUGGGUUGAACGAGAAGUCGUACGGACCGGGUGAGGCGGGUGAGUUUACCCGGGCAGGUGGCUUCCUGUCGUUCUACGAGAUAUGCGACAAGGUGAACCGUCAGGGCUGGACUGUACGGCGGGAUCCGGAGGGAAGGAUUGGCCCUUACGCGUACAGCGGAAGCCAGUGGGUGUCGUACGACGAUGUUGAUGAGAUUCGGCGAAAGUCACAGUUUGUCAAGCGGAUGAAUCUGGGCGGUGGUAUGGUUUGGGCGUUGGAUUUGGACGACUUUAGGGGCCGAUGUGGCUGCGGUACUCAUCCACUGUUGCGCACCAUGAACUUGGAGCUGGGACGGAUCAGCACACAGGCGCCGGAGAAUUGUACGUAGAGUGUAGGAGGGGAGUGUAGAGUUUAAUAAUAAUGAGUGUAACGAUGUGAAACUAAGUUUUGUGUACUAAAAUUGAUUAAUUGAAUAAAAUUCAGUAGAAUCAAUUCUGCUUAAUCCAAGUA